AUGUCUUCUACAUCUACAUUACGUCAAAGCCAGCCAGCGCAACCAGCCUCUCCACACACUCCCCAGCAGCAACUUCGAUCAGGUAAUACCUCUUUUGCCAGCAACACGUCACCAGGCUCGUCCUUCCGCAAUGAAGAUGAUGCGAUAAUAUUUGAAUUGGGUGCUCGCUGGCUCCGAGCUGGAUUUGAGGGGAACAGUAGCCCUGCCUGUGUGGUAGGAUUUGGGCCCGAAGAAUCGAGAAGAGUGGGUGAUUAUCGGGGAUGGAUUGAGGGUAGCGUUGGUGCUCGACCACCACCCCAGCCUGUUGAUGCGGAAGAUUGGGCUCGAGAGUACGAAUUAUGGAGACCAGACUUGCGAGAAACGGAUUUGGGUUUAAUUGAGGAUAAAAUCGAGCGUGUUUUUCGCGAAGUCUACAAUCAACAGCUGUUGACUGAUGCAGGGACAUCUCGCUUGGUUUUGGUUAUGCCAUCUCUCAUGCCGCACCCACUGCUCUCCUCGCUUCUCUCAACGCUAUUCAGUCGUUGGCGUUUCCCCAGCAUUACACUCUUGCCUAGUGCGCCACUGUCAGCAGCAGCUGCUGGAUUGCGCUCAGCGUUGAUGGUGGACAUUGGCUGGGCAGAAACCACAGUAACUGGACUCUACGAGUACCGGGAGGUGGUCACAAAACGAAGCACUAGAGCAAUGAAAGCUCUUUUGCAAGAACUGGCUCGACUUCUCGGUGACCUGGCAGAUGGAAAAAAAGAUUCCCCAGAGGGUAUCUCUGUGGGAUUCAAAUACUGUGAGGAAAUUGCUUGCCGACUUUCUUGGUGCAAGCCAAAUUCACAUGUCGACGAGGACAAGUUUCAAAAUAAGGAAGUCACAAUACCCUCACCUACCAACCCAGAGCAAGAAUAUAUCGAGGUUCCAUUCUCUCUAUUCGCGGACCCUGUUGAGAAGGUUAUCUUCGCUCCUGGUAUUUCCGAGAGUGAACUCGAUGAUGAAGAAAAGUCCAUCCCCCUCCUAAUUUACAAUACUCUACUCUCCUUGCCACCCGAUGCGCGGGGAACAUGCAUGUCACGCAUGGUUUUUGUGGGUGGCGGAGCUCGCAUUCCUGGCUUGCGCCAGCGAAUUAUGAAGGAGGUUUCACGUUUGGUUGAUCAGCAUGGAUGGAGCCCUCUUCGAGGAAAGGCAGUCGAACGGCAACGCCAGCGAUUACUUGAGCUUCGAAUUUCGCCUACCACCAAUGGCGAGGAAGCACCCGCUGUUAAAGAGAAAGAUGCGACAUCACCGAGUGACAGCGAGCGACUUGACCCAUCCCAAGUAGUACCGGAAAUGGAUUUUGUGGAGCAAAAAUUACGCCGUCAAAACAAAGACAUCCCUAUCCCCAUCCAAGGAAAGUUCCGAGAAAUUGAGUCUCUUGGGGCUUGGGCUGGUGCCAGUUUGAUGACUGGGUUGAAAGUUCGAGGAAUGGUGGAGAUUGAGCGUGAGAAAUUCUUGCAGCAUGGAUUAGCAGGAGGGACCCGAGAUUCAGAGCAUCCGGUGCCAGAUCGUCGAUCCGGGCUUCGAGCGGGUGAUCGUUCGAGCUGGACCCUGGCAGGAUGGGCAUGA